AUGGCGGCGACACGCUCCGCCGCCGCAAAACUCGACUGGAACAGCCUGGGCACCAAACUCGGCCUCCGCGGCAGCACAGCCAACGCCCUCUCGGUCUUCAAGCAGCGCAACGACAACGCGCGCCGCCGGGUGCAGCAGCUCCAGGAGCAGCCGCAGAGCGUCGACUUCGCCCACUACCGCCAGCUGCUCAAGAACCAGGACAUCGUGGCCGACAUCGAGAAGCAGGUGAACGGCUUCCAGCUCAAGAAGUACGAUGUCAACCGCCAGAUCAAGGCCAUUGAGGCCUUUGAGGCGCAGGCUGUGAAGAGCGCGGAGCAGACUAAGGCCAAGGUGGAUGAUGAGUUGAAGGAUCUGGAGAAGACGUUGAAGAAUAUCGAGAGCGCUAGGCCGUUUGAUGAGUUGACUGUGGAUGAUGUGGCUGCUGCCCGCCCCGAUAUCGACGAGCGUGUCUCUCAGCUCGUCCAGAAGGGUCGCUGGCAAGUGCCGGGCUACAAGGAGCGCUUUGGCGAUCUCUCUGUACUAUAG